CCGUUUUAAGAUUUUCUUAACCGAAAAAUGCGGGAGCCACUCGGAGAGCAACCUAAUCUUUCCAAUUAUACUAGUAUAUUGUUAGAGAUAACCAACUGUUUGUAGGACAAUUGACAUCACACAAUGGAUAAACUGUAUGAAAGAGUAGAGUUUGGAAGGAGAAGUCAUAGGUCAAGAAAUAUUGGCAUUGUACUUAUUUCUUCACUAAUCUUUGUAAUAACCUUAUGUUCGUUAUCUAUACCAUUAUCGCAGAAUUCAAACUUUCCAUUGAAUACUUCUAAUAUAUCUGGACCAUUUGAACAAUUAUUCAAAACAUUCACUAAUCUAAUUCCUGCUCCACCUCAUAAUCCAGAUGGACUUUGUCCAAUAACUAGAAAAAUAGAUCCACGUCCUUAUCUUUAUAAUAAUGAUACCUUACUUGAGAUUUUAACUGAUAAGAAAUUUCAAGAAAAAUCUCGUGAAAAACUUCUAGGAGCUGUUAGAAUUCCAACUGAGGUUUACGAUAAUAUGAUUAAUCCAGGAGCUAUCAAGAGUCAUAAAAAAUUAUAUGAGUUAGAACCACUUUGGGAAAAUUUUGAAAAACUUCACAAGUAUUUGGAGAAGACAUUUCCUUUAGUUCAUAAACAUUUAAAAGUUGAUAAAGUCAAUAAAUUUGCUUUGGUUUUAACUUGGGAAGGCUCAAGUGAUAAGAAACCUAUACUUCUUACUGCACAUCAAGAUGUUGUCCCUGUUCAAAAGGAAACCAUAGAUCAAUGGACAUAUCCACCUUUUGAAGGAGGUUAUGAUGGUAAGUACUUAUAUGGAAGAGGAGUAUCUGACUGUAAGAAUUUAUUAAUUGGAUUAUUUGAAACCAUUGAGUUAUUAUUAAGUGAAAAAUCUUUUAAACCAGAAAGAACUAUUAUUUUAGGAUUUGGAUAUGAUGAAGAAUCUGAUGGAACAGGAGCUGAAGAAAUUUCUAAAUUUUUAGUAAGCAAAUAUGGACCUAAUUCAUUUGUUCAAAUUAUUGAUGAAGGUACUACUGGUUAUUCAGAUAUUGAAGGUUUAAAAGUUAUUUUGCCUUCAACUUCUGAAAAGGGUUAUUUAGAUGCAGUCAUUGAAUUGUAUACUCCAGGUGGUCAUUCAUCUGUUCCACCUGAUCAUACAUCUAUUGGGAUUAUGGCUCAGUUGAUAAAUAAAAUAGAAGAAGUUCAAUUCAAUAGUAUUCUUACUAAUGCUAAUCCAUUGUUACAACAUUUACAAUGUGUAGCUGAACAUUCACCAACCAUUGAUAUUGAUGUCAAGAAAAGUAUUUUGAAAGCUCAUUUAGACCAAGGAUCUAAUUCAAAAGUAGUUGACUAUAUAAUUGACGAUUUAGACUUGAAAUAUUUGAUUACUACAUCCCAAGCAAUUGAUAUAAUUUCUGGAGGUGUUAAAUCAAAUGCUUUACCUGAACAUGUUAGCGUAUUGGUUAAUCAUAGGAUUGCGGUUGAAGAAAGUGUCGAUAUUGUUAGUCGUAAACUUCUUUCACAAAUUGAACAAGUUGCAACUAAAUUUAAUUUAGGAAUUAUAUUUAAUAAUAAAGAACUUAAAGAACCCACUAUUAAUGGAUAUUUUAAUUUCACUCCAACUAUGGCAUUAGAACCAUCACCAGUAACUCCAUCAAAUGGUGGUAGUUGGGAAAUUUUUACUGGAUCAUUAAGAUUUUUAUAUGAAGAUUUGGUUGGAUCAACCAAUGAAACAAUUAUUGCUUCACCUUAUGUAGAAGGAGGUAAUACAGAUACAAAAUCUUAUUGGGAUUUAACUCGUAAUAUCUUUAGAUAUGAACCGGGAAUUAAUUUUAAAGGUGGUAAUAUUCAUUCAGUUGAUGAACAUUUUAUUUUAGACUCUCAUUUCUAUAUCAUAGCAUUCUACUAUUAUUACUUACAAGUUACCGACACGUUAGCCGAUGACUUUUUCUUUACAUAG